AUGUCGUCGAGAGGAGGUGCCUUCCGGCAAAUGGUUGGAGGCAAGACGUUAGGCCCGAGUCAUCGACGCCAUCGGAAAAUCCUUCGAGACAACAUCAAAGGCAUCACCAAACCAGCAAUCCGACGUUUGGCUCGUCGCGGCGGAGUCAAACGCAUCUCAGCGACUGUAUACGACGAAACUAGAGCAGCGAUGAAGCAGUAUCUCGAGGAGAUCAUACGCGAUGCUGUGACCUAUGUGGAGCACCGCAAUGCCAAGACAGUUACUAUCCACGAUGUCUUGCAUAGCCUCCAACGCCGCGGACGCACCCUCUAUGGUUUCGAUCCAGUAACCUGGGCGGUGCCCAAGAGUCGGGAGGACCAGGAUUUCCAAAGGCGCCAUCGGAGUAGACGAACUCUCUAUCGCGCCGAUAGAAUCACUCUCGAUAUCCGCUGA